AUGAAGUCACUGUUUGACUCUAACCCAGAGAAUGCCGCUUCGGGCGAUAAUUUUACCUUCGAUUGUUCAUCGAUUUCUGAUGGAAACUCUAGAGUCUUCACCGAUGAAAGAGUGAAACAUCUUUUUCUUUCACACAGUCUCUGCGAUUUUGUGCGUUAUGAAUGGCUUUAUUCUCCAAUCGACAGAAUCCAUGACUGUUUGGACGUUCCCAGAGAACUGUUUUUGAACUCGAAUGAUUUUCAAAUUAUUUUGCGGGAACACUUCCGCCCUCUCAAGGCACGUAGACUUACUCGUGCACAGUGGAACUGUAUUAGGCGGAUAAUUGGUAGACCGCGGAGAUUUAGCCAUUCAUUCACAGACGAAGAGCGUCGGACCAUCAAUGCAAAACGACAAAACCUCCGUUUUUUGCAGAAGUGUCUGCGAAGUCCUCAACUUUGCAGGCCAAAUGCAAGUGCUAUUUUAUGCGUUUUGAACACUUUCGCCGAUGCUGUCCAAAUUCCUCUACGGCUAACACGAGGAGCAACUGUAUGCGCAUCAGUUGUUUCACCAAACCGAGGACUGUUUCUGGGCACGAUACAGUCAUCGUCCAAUGGGGAUACCUGCUAUGACAUAAUUUUUGAGAAGCCGCUGCUUGCGAACUCACAGCUCCCAGUUGGCGGUUCGACUCAGACCUCUCUCAGCGUAUACACAGUCCCCGACGAGAAUAUUUUCUUAAUCGACCCGCCAUCCUCACCGUCUAUUUCCGUAUGUGCAGCCCGGACAUACUUUUUAUCUGAAGGUCGAGGCCAAACUCAGGAUCCGUCGAUUCCACCCGCAUUCUCAGACAGGGAAUUGAGUAUCAUGGGCAGUGAUAACAUUCAGUAUACCACUGAAUCCUUGAACGCAAUUGAUGAGACUGACGAACUCCAGUUGAAUACUAAUUCUUGCACUGCCAAGACCUAUCGAAUCCUUUAUCAAAAAGAGAAGGCGGUCGCUGUGCUAAAAGAAAUGAAUGACAAAGUGGAGUCCAGUACAUCAGAGGAUGACAAGCUUAUAACGGCUGAAUUUCAACAUGAGUACGCCACACUGAUCCUUCAUCUGGACGAAUUGAAUCGACAGUUAAGGUACCACAUCGACGUUGUACUCCUGCAUAUAACCAAACCACCCCCACCAGUGCCUGAUGGCUCUGUCUUCGAAGGCCCACCAGCCUAUCCGGUUGUUGAGGCUCCGACUUCCACCGUCUCGGACUACAUGACAUUACUACAAAGUCGUGGUUUGACCAUGAGCAGACCCUUAGCAUCUGGUCAAAUCCCCGUUUUCGAAGCCGACUAUAUUCAUGAUUUAACCACGUCUUCUAUCAGAGCGGAUUCUGACAUAGCCGCCGAGUAUGGAAUGCCUAACGCUGCCUGCCUCACGGACUGGCGAAGGAGGUGUGAGGACGAGGCUUUUGAAAUGGUAAAUCGCCUCAAAACGGCCCAGGGUCGUGCUAUCAUUGAGGAGUCCAAAUCUGUUCUUAUAGCGAAACUCACCUCCAUUCUCACUCUCCUGACGCUUUACUAUGUCAAAGAUCCAAACGUAAUUGGCCCUGAUUAUGGGAGACUUUGCAUUGCCGUCGCCAUUCACACAGGAUUUUUAGCCACUGAUUCAGUGACUAACUGA